GAUGAUUUGAAAAAAGAAACUGAUCCUUUUAAAAAGAAGGUUCUGGACGGUAGGCAAUUAGCUUUGAAAAUAAGUGCUAACAGUGUAUAUGGGUUUACGGGAGCUCAAGUUGGAAAAUUACCCUGUUUGGCUAUUUCCCAGAGUGUGACGGCAUUUGGUCGUAUGAUGAUUGACGAAACAAAGAGACUCGUUGAGGAGAAGUAUAAAGUAGAGAAUGGCUAUUCUCACACAGCCAAGGUCAUUUAUGGGGACACUGAUUCCGUGAUGGUCAAUUUUGGAGUCAAAACUGUGAAAGAAGCUAUGGACCUAGGAAGAGAAGCAGCCAAUUUCGUUUCAAGUCAUUUUGAAAAACCCAUUAAACUGGAAUUUGAAAAAGUUUAUUAUCCCUAUCUGCUGAUCAACAAGAAGCGAUAUGCUGGUCUUUACUUUACAAGACCAGAAACCCAUGAUAAAAUGGAUUGCAAAGGAAUUGAAACUGUGAGAAGAGAUAACUGUCCUUUGGUUGCAAAUCUCAUCAAUUCUUGUUUAAAGAAACUCCUUAUCGACAGGGAUCCAGAGGGUGCUUGUGAUUAUGCCAAACAAACUAUAGCAGAUUUGCUUUGUAACCGAAUUGACAUAUCACAAUUAGUUAUUACCAAAGAGUUGACAAAAACAGAUGAAGAAUAUGCAGCUAAACAAGCUCAUGUUGAACUGGCUCAUCGAAUGAAGAAACGUGAUCCAGGAAGUGCACCAAAUCUGGGAGACAGAGUACCCUAUGUUAUAAUCGCUGCAAGUAAAAAGACGGCUGCUUAUUUGAAAUCUGAAGAUCCAAUUUAUGUGUUAGAAAAUAACAUUCCAAUUGAUACACAGUAUUACUUAGAAAACCAAAUAUCUAAACCAUUGUUACGAAUAUUUGAACCAGUGCUUGGUGAAAAAGCAGAAUCUAUUCUUCUCUGUGGUGACCAUACACGUACAAAAACUAUAGUUACAUCCAAAAUAGGAGCUUUGUCAGCUUUUACACAGAAGAAAAGUACCUGCCUUGGCUGUCGAUCAGUUUUAAAAGCAGAUGAUUCAGUUUGUGAACAUUGUAAAUGUAAAGAAAGUGACAUAUAUCAAACUGAGGUUUAUUAUCUGCAAGAUCUUGAGAGAAAAUUUGCUCGUCUGUGGACAGAAUGCCAAAGGUGUCAGGGAAGUCUGCAUCAAGAAAUAUUGUGCACUAGGUAUGUUACAAAAUAAAUCAAUAUUUUAAAU